AUGGCAAGGUUGGACAACUUGGCAUGGAACACGACAACGCUGCAGACACAGGACCUGCGGCACCGCGUCCUGUCCCGGACGUGGCACGCUGUUCGCCGCAUCACCAGAGCCAUGGUCGCCAGGAAAAGCUGUGAGAUCAACUACGGACCUACUUACGAGUGGAAGGACUUCAACAAAACUGGGCUGCAGGCGCAGGCGGCGCUCUACCGGGGCCGCCUCUCCAGCUACUGGCGGGACCUGUCGCAGCUGCUGUCGCUGAGCGCGGCGCACUUCUCACAGCUGUUCGUGCCCCUCGCAUUCGAACAUAUGGGUAACCACACGAGUGAUCAGCAACUCCACGUGUGGAUUAAGGACGUGGAACGUGUGAAGGACAUGCUGCACACGAAAUUAACCGGAUUGGUACAGGACAUGCAAUACGCCAGCAAAGAGAUAGAACACUUCGAGGUGGAAGAAGACAAGGGCAAGCCGGGUCGCUUGAUACUCAGGCGGCCGCUGCUGAGCGAACAGCUACUGCGCCACCAGCCGUGGAACCUCUCCUUCCACGACGACUUCAGCGGGCUGUGCGAGCAGCGGCAGCCGCAGGCGUCGCGGAUGUUCGGCCUCGCUGCCACACUGUACGCCUUCUACCGUGUCUACUGGUACACUGCAGCCGUCUUCAUGGAUAGGUCCUACGAAUUUAGUUUCAAGCCUGUGGACGAGAAGUGGCAGUUGGAGGACAGAAGCAACACUACCGUCUCCGUGGGCACUGACUGCAUGCAGCUGUUGAUGAACGCCCUGGACAACCCCACGUGUCCACUGGAAGACCUGCCACUGGAAACUGUUACCCGGCGCUUGCAGUGCCGUGCGCAGCUGUGGGACGACAUGGUGCAGAGGUCGCCCCACGUACCCGUCACCAGCUACCUGGCCUACACGCAGAGGGCGAACGUCAACCUCUGCCUGCUGGCCUGGAUGGCUGUCAACUCGUUUGGCAUUUGUCAGGACGUCCCAUUUAGUAUGAUGCAGUCAGUGCACGAUGCUCGCUGCUAUUUCGAUAGUCCUGACGAUCAAGCGUGUCUGCAAUCGAACAGUGCGGAUGCCAUCUGCUCUGUUUCCAGAGCUGUUCUGUUGCUGAAGUGUCACGACUUUUCCUUCUUUAAGCCUUCCAAUAGUUGUCGGGUCCUUUUUUAUCUAUUUAGAGAGAUCCCAUUGACGUAUUCUAUGCUAACAGAACAAUCACUGGCCUACAAAGCCACUUUAAACAACGCCACCUUGAGAUACAAGGAUUUCAAAAUUGACAGUUUAAAGUAUUUAGAAAUCUCACUUAUAGUGAUGAAUAUUAUUUUCCGCUUUUCGACUGCCGGAGUGUACAUGUACCUUCCCCAGUUACGUAACCUGCCUGGAAAGGUUUUCUUGUCCUUUCAGAUCACUGGCAUAAUCCAGAUCCUGUGUUCUGAGGUGGUGUACCGUAUGGCAGGUUUCCCUGACUUACCUACAGCGGUGCUGAUAGAUAGCGCCCUCACACUUCUCAGCUGUAUCUGGCUAAACAUAUUCUGCUACGAGAUGUACGCCUGUGUUCGUCAUCUCAGGCUUCCUAACGACAUACUGCCUGCUGAACUAAGCCAGUUAUUCUGCCGUCAGGUGCUGUUGGCGUUAAUACCGUGGAGUGCAGUAUGCGUGGCAGCUGUCGCUUUGGAAAAGACCAGUAGCCACUACCUGAUCCACAGUCGUAUACUGGUCCUAGUAGGGACUUCGAUGUCGGUGACUUUCAAUUUGGUUUGCCUCGGACUGGUCGGAUACAUGUACCUACGUACUCGGUAUUUCAUGCGCCGACUCAAAAUCGUUGGUAACAAUAAAUUUGCCUCAAAGAAGCAAUGUCUUUUUAUGUCAGUCAAGGCCGUUAUCUUAAGCGGACUGGGCAUUAUAAUUAGGAUCGGGUUCCAGCAGGCUCAGGGGGUGGCGCAGUUUGUGUAUUACGUACACCUGGGUACGAUGGCGCAAGGGCCGGUGCUGUUCGUCUGCUUCAUCUGCAACGGGACGACGCUCCCCGUGCUGAAGGACAGGAUACUCGGGUGGUGGAGCCCGGCCAGCGUCCCCGCAGGGCAGGAGCUGUGCUCCGCAGCCGAGAGGAACCUGGCCAGGAGGAACAAUGAACAGCCUGUGCUUGCAGAAUCCUCGCUGUAGCUUCACUGUCUUCGCACCAGACUGCACUUAAGGCCAGCAGUCUACCUGGCAUGACAAUAUUAAAUGUGAUAUCGUACAGCCAGUACUUCUCUUUCCUAAUGUCUACUUCAUUUACAACUGUGGGCUUGCUUGUAAAUGGCAGCCGCUGUCUACAUAUUCUAAUGCUCUGAGGGCACUUACUAAAACUGUUAGGAAACGCAUUGUGUACCCUAACACACACAACACAUAUACAUACCAGGUGAUCAAAAAGUAAGUAUAAAGAUGAAAACUGAAUAAAUCACGGAAUAAUUUAGAUAGAGAGGUACAAAUUGACACACAUGCUUGGAAUGACAUGGAGUUUCAUUAGAACCAAAAAAAUACAAAAGUUCAAAAAAUGUCCGACAGAUGGCGCUUCAUCUGAUCAGAAUACCAAUAAUCAGCGUAACAAAGUAAGACAAAGCAAAUAUGAUGUUCUUUACAGGAAAUGCUCAAUAUGUCCACCAUCAUUCCUCAACAGUAGCUGUAGUCGAGGAAUAAUGUUGUGAACAGCACUGAAAAGCAUGUCCGGAGUUGUGGUGAGCCAUUGGCGUCGGAUGUUGUCUUUCAGCAUCCCAAGAGAUGUCGGUCGAUCACGAUACACUUGAGACUUCAGGUAACACCAAAGCCAGUAAUCGCACCGACUGAGGUCUGGGGACCUGGGAGGCCAAGCAUGACGAUAGUGGCGGCUGAACAACAAUCAUCACCAAACGACGUGCGCAAGAGAUCUAUCACGCGUCUAGCAAUACUUUUUUUUGUUCUAAUAAAACCCCAUGUCAUUCCAAGCAUGUGUUUCAAUUUUUACCUCUCUAUCUAGAUUAUCCCGUGGUUUGUUAGGUUUUCAAAUUUAUACUGAGUUUUUGGUCACCCGGUAUAUAGUGCUAAUUACCAUAUGUUGUCUGGAAUAAGGAAGUUUUAUAGAUGUGUGUGAAAGUUGUACUUCUAUAUGAUUUGUAAUUUAAGUACCGUGGCAGAGACAUUCAAAUCUUUACAAAAUCAAAAGAUUAGGGCAAUGGCUGAAGUAGUGUGUGGAUGAACGUGUAAAUGGGUGUGUUGAGCUUAUUAGUGAGUCGAUUCCAUAGGGUGGCUCAAACAGGUAGAAUAAAACAAAGUAAUAAAUAACUGUCUGUGUGAAAUGUGGCUUGAAGUGAAGGCAAAGUGUUGAAGGAUAGUGUUAUACCAGAUUAGAGUUAUUGCGUUUGUGAGACAAGAUGGUGACUUCUUAAGCUACAGGUUCGUCAGGGUACUGCAUCAGAUGUUAAAAAUUAGUUUUCCAUGUGUUAAGGAGGCAUUUAUUGAAACAGAACUGUGGAAGAAUAAACAUGUGCCAGUAGAGUGAGUCCUGGAAGACAUGUGCCAUAGUAGCUUAACUAGAAUGAGACAGUAAGCCAAAUUUAUUGUGAUUCGUGUUCAAAUAAAUCCUGG